CCUCUAGUCAUCCAUCGACCAAACUGUUAAGUCUAAUUUAUAAGGUCUCUUUGCGCUAUACCGUAAAGAUGACGACGGUAGUGGAAAUGGAAGUGCCAAUGGAUUGUCCUGGUUGCGAGACCAAAGUUAAGAAAGCUCUUGAAAAGAUUAAGGGAGUCCGUGAUGUUCAGAUAGACAUGAAGCAGCAGAGAGUAACGGUGACUGGUUCGGCAGAGGAGAUGAAAGUUCUGAAGGUUGCAAGGAAUGUUACGAGGAGAGAUGUAUGCUUAUGGUCGUGCCCUUACAACCCCGAAACUAAUGGAUAUCACGACAGGUAUUUCAAGAAGAAGUUUCGCAAAAGAAUCAACAUGUCGGAGAACGGUGAGAAAGUGAGUUCCUACAACUACCACAAGCAUGGCUACCACGGACACGAGCAUGGAUACUAUCAAGAACGGCCUUAUUCGGGUCUUAUCGACGAGAGCUCUGGUUCUAUGUUCAGUGAGGAAAACCCUCACUUCUGCAGCAUCAUGUGAUCGAUUUUCACAUUUGAACAACUACGUGGGACGUCGGUGGGUGAAUGGAACAACUUAAGUUCGGUUUUAUUUGGUUUUGGCUAUGCACCAUUGUAUAUAAACAUGCAACCGGAUCUUUCAUAGUUAAUAAAAGCCAGCAUGCUACUCAGUUUAAAAUCAGAAUUAUUGAUAAAUAAAAGUUAUCACAA